UGCCGGUUCAGGCCGCCGUUGACCUGAAUUUUUGCUGCUUGGCGGGGCCCAGGAGCUGCGCAGACGGCCAGUCUCCUACCAAGUCUCCUGUCAAGCUUCGCUGUUAGCCUAUCACGAUGGCUGCAAAUCCGAUCGAUGGGGCGCCGGUGGAGGGCAAAUUCUCCAUCGAAGAACGGAUUUAACGCUCGAUUAUGGCCGUGUGCAUGGCCGGAGGAGUUAUGCUGGCUAUCCACGGCCGCCUGGUUUCCGGUGAUAAGAUGGUAUAAAUAGGAUGGCUGCCAGGUUUUUCUUCGGGGUCUACCAGUCGCCCGUCGCUGGAUAAACGUAUAUCUUCUUACCUACGCAAGAUUCUUCUUUUUCUUGAAUACUAUUCUGUUUCCUGACUACCUAAACUUUGGAGACCGCAUAGACUACGUUGACUGACUAUACGGUCAUGUCGGAAAAGGACGAGCACGAUCAUAGAUCGACACUCUCUCAUCCUACCUCGGAUACCACUUCAGAUACCGAAGACCCCGCAUCGCGGACACCGUCGCUCUACCGAGGGAUUGCGGAGUCUGUCAAGUCAAGACGCAUGUCCAAGUCCAACCCUGAUGAUGCAGAUCUAGACCGCGUUUACUCUGCGAAACAUCCAGACGACCACGCGGUGUAUCACAGUCACGAGGAUGAUGACCUUGAUAUGACCGAUGAAUCUUCGCUGGAGGCCGUCAAGGUCGAUACCAUCCAGGAAGUAAGAGGCGGAAUCGUCAACGAGCGAGAUGUGGACCUGGAAAGAGGCCAACAGGAGGCAUCAGCAGAGCUGGAAAAAAUGAAGACAUUGAAAUCGACCAAAUCUCGUCAUGGCGGCAAGCUGGUAACAUGGGAUGGACCUGAUGACCCUGAAAACCCCAAGAACUGGCCUACCAAGAAGAAGUGGGCGGCUACCAUCACCGUCUCUCUAUUCACCUUCAUUUCUCCCGUAUCUUCCUCUAUGGUAGCGCCAGCCUUGACUACCAUCGCCGCCCAAUUCAACGUCACAGACCAGAUCGUCUCCCAACUCAUGCUCUCCAUCUUCGUCCUUGCCUACGCCGUCGGCCCAUUGAUCCUAGGACCCCUCUCUGAGAUCUACGGACGAACAAUCGUCCUCCAACUCGCCAACCUAUUCUUCCUGAUCUUCAACAUCGGCUGCGGCGUGGCCCAGAACAAGACCCAACUAAUCGUAUGCCGAUUCUUCGCCGGACUAGGCGGCAGUGCCCCCCUCGCCAUCGGCGGCGGCGUUUUAUCCGACUGCUUCAAACCCGAAGAACGAGGCAAGAGCAUCGCAAUCUACAGUCUGGCCCCACUCCUAGGUCCAGCCCUAGGCCCCAUCGCCGGCGGCUUCAUCGCCGAAAACACCUCCUGGCGCUGGGUCUUCUACUCGGUCUCCAUCGCAGACGGUCUCAUCCAAUUCAUGGGCCUCUUCUUCCUCCGCGAAACCUACGCGCCCCGCAUCCUCCGCGAUCGCGCAAAGCGCAUCCGCAAAGAAACGGGCGACCCCAGCUACCAAACGGAAGCAGAAAUGCAAAAGAAGACCCUCGCCCAAGUCCUCCGCACGUCCCUCGUCCGCCCCUUCCGUCUGCUCCUCACGCAAUCCAUUGUCCAAGUCGUCGCCUGCUACAUGGCCUACAUCUACGGGAUGAUGUACCUCGUCCUCUCAACCUUCCCCUCCCUGUGGACCAGCAAAGCCUACUACCACGAAUCCAUCGGCAUCGGCGGCCUAAACUACAUCUCCCUCGGCUUCGGGUUCUGGUGCGGCUCCCAGAUCUGCGCCCCGCUCAACGACCGCAUCUACAAGCGCCUCAAAGCACGUAACAACGGCGUCGGACGGCCCGAGUUCCGUGUGCCCCUCCUCGGCAUCGCGGCUAUCCUUAUCCCGGCCGGAUUGUUUAUCUAUGGCUGGACCGCACAGACACAUCGGCACUGGAUUGCGCCGAAUAUCGGUGCGGCCGUCUUCGCUGCCGGAACGAUCAUUUCCUUCCAGUGUAUGCAGACGUAUAUGGUGGAUGCGUAUACGCGGUUCGCGGCGAGUGCGCUCGCGGCUAGUUCGUUCUUGCGAUCGCUGGCUGGGUUUGGGUUCCCCCUGUUCGCGCCGUAUAUGUAUGACAAGUUACACUAUGGGUGGGGGAAUAGCGUGUUGGCGUUCAUUUCGAUUGCGAUUGGAAUUCCGGCGCCGAUCUUUUUGUGGAAGUUUGGGGAGGCGCUGAGGAAGAAGAGUACUUACGCUGCUGGGUAGAUGGGUGUGUUGAUGAAUAGUGGGGGGGGGUUGGCGUGUUUGCAUGUAUAUAUUUUUUCAUAGUUUCGCAUAAUACCCGCUUUCCUGUUCGAGCGAUGUCUAUCAUUACACAAUUCAGAUUUCAAUACCAAGAGUCA